AGAAUUCAUGAUAACGAUAACAUGAUAUCAAAAUGGUGGAUGUUUGAGCGUUGUUAGAGAAUGUUCUUCAUUACGCCGAAUCGCUGAUUCGUGGAAAUUGUUCAAUAAUUUAUCAAAUUGAUCACAAAUCACAACCGUUUUUACUGGUUGUUCCUUGUUUGAUAAAGCCCGGAAUUUCAUCAGAUAAAAAUGUUGAUAAUCUGAGGGAUUAUCUGGCCGCACCACUGAUGAUAAACAAGUAAUCAUGGAUAAUUUCUGUAAACGCAAAAAACGAUCCCCGCAAAACAUCGUGAUCCGUUUGAACAACAGGCAGAUUUAUUCGUACAAAAAACCAGGAACUCAUUUCCACCGAGCCAGGCAGUUCUACCAAAACGUCUUUCCCAAUUUCACCGUCAUCAACGUGGAAAAACCACCAUGUUUCUUGAGGAAAUUCAGCCCGGACGGCAAACACUUCAUAGCGUUCUCAGCAGACCAGACUUCCUUGGAGAUCUAUGUCUAUCGCGGACCUGCUUCUGCGGCAGAUUUGCUGAGAAAAUCAGAAGGCCAAACCGACCGUUUCGACAUCAAAAGCAAAAUGUUCGAUAGGUUUUUCUCUUUGAAGCACAGGGUGAAUGUGGCCAAAGGGGCGGAACAGUUGAACAGAGAGUGCAGCCUUUUCAGCGACGACGGUAGAUACGUCAUCAUAGGAUCUGCUUCCUUCAUUCCUGAGGAAAUCAGGCCGCACUUUUACGAGAUCUACACGAAUAACGAGUCUGUCACGCCUAAUUUGCAGUCUCCUUUGGAAGAUUAUACCUUGCACUUGGUGGACUUGCAUUUGGGGAAGCUUUGUGACACCAGGCCGUUCAAGGUGGACAAGAUAUUCCUGUCGCAUAAUCAGGGGCUGUAUUUGUACAAAGAUACAUUGGCUGUUUUAUCGGUGCAACACCAGGUGAUACAUCUGUUUCAAAUUCUGGAUGGUAUGUUCGUUGACGUGAAGAAAAUAGGAAGGUUUUGCUUUGAGGAUGAUUCCUAUCUCUAUAACUCCGUAUACCCGACGGAAAGGGCCUUCAGAGAAACUAGUAUCAACUCUUUGAAACACAGAUUGCUCACUUUUUUGUAUAAGAGAGCUGAUAAGUUGAGUGCGACCAAUAAAAAUCCUACGGAGUUGAGGAAAUUUUAUCAUUACUUCGAGAACUUCAAUUCCUUGAAGAUGUGGAAGAUGCAGCUGAUUGACGAAGACACAUUGUUGAUAAAAUACGCCAGCGAGGAUGUGGUGACCCUCAAGUCUACCGACGUGAAUAGCCAACCGCAGUUCUUUGUGGUUUAUCUCAUCAAAACCAGCAACGUCAUUGCUGUAUACGAAAACACUUCUAGAGAACUGUUGGACCUGUUCGAGAACUUCUGCGAUUUGUUUAGGAACGCUAGCAUCCACAACGAAACGCAAUUCACCUGCAGCCCUUCGAAUAACCUCUAUGCUAGGUUGCUGCAAAAGCGGUUCAAGCAAACCAUUAUCAAUGCCAAAUUCGGGGGUAGGACUGAGGCUACCAAGAGACUGUUGGCGCAGUUGCCAAUAAGCGCGCAGUCUUACAGCUGCUCCCCCUAUUUGGAUUUGUCUCUAUUCAGUUACGACGAGAAGUGGGUGUCUGUGAUGGAGAGGCCGAAAGCUUGCGGGGAACACCCUAUUAGGUUUUAUGCGAGGGAUUCGGGUUUUUUGAAGUUCAGGAUUUGUGCGGGAGUGAUUCGGACUUCGUUGCCUACCGUUAGGCGUCUGGUGGCUUUUACUUUCCAUCCGACUGAUCCUUUUGCUAUUUCGGUUCAGCGGGCUAACGCUGAAUACAUUGUUAAUUUUCACGUACGUUAUGAUAAUGGGUUUUCGGAAGAUGAUGGGGAAAAUCAGUAUUUACUGAAUUUCUUGUAGGGGUAAUUUUUUAUGAAAAAAAAUCUCAAUGAUCACAUGGAUUAACCGUUUAUGAAAUACUACACGGGAUUGUCAAAUACUUUUCCACAAAUACACAC